AUGGUGUUCUUGAUAACUAUACUGGUAGUGGAAGGAAUUGCUGUGGCUCAGAAGACUCAAGUUGCACAAAAUAUUGGCAAUCGCAUGGCAGCUACCCAGUGUAGUGACUGGGUACGAACAAGCAAUGGAGGCCACUUUGCGUCACCAAACUUCCCUAAAUUCUACCCACCUAACCAGGAGUGUGUCUAUAUUUUAGAAGCGGCCCCACGGCAAAGAAUUGAGCUGACCUUUGAUGAACCAUACUACAUAGAGCCUUCGUUUGAAUGUCGAUUUGAUCACCUGGAGGUUCGAGAUGGGCCAUUUGGUUUCUCUCCGCUCAUUGAUCGAUACUGUGGUCUAAAAAGUCCUAGCCUCAUUAGAUCCACAGGGAGAUUCAUGUGGAUAAAGUUUACUUCAGAUGAAGAGCUAGAAGGAGAGGGAUUUAAAGCCAAGUAUUCGUUUAUACCAGACCCAGACUUCACAUACCUAGGAGAUUGUCAGUUUGAGCUCUCAGGAGCGGAUGGGAUCGUCCGGUCCAGUCAGGUGGAACAGGAAGAGAAAACAAAGCCUGGACAAGCAGUGGAUUGCAUAUGGACCAUUAAAGCUACUCCCAAUGCCAAGAUUUAUUUGAGGUUUCUGGACUACCAAAUGGAACAUUCAAAUGAAUGCAAGAGAAACUUUGUGGCUGUCUAUGACGGAAGCAGUUCCAUUGAGAACCUUAAAGCAAAAUUUUGCAGCACGGUGGCAAACGAUGUUAUGCUACAGACUGGAAUUGGAGUGGUGCGGAUGUGGGCAGAUGAAGGCAGCAGGUUAAGCAGAUUCAGAAUGCUCUUCACAUCGUUUGUAGACCCUCCAUGCUCAGGAAGCACUUACUUUUGCCACAGCAACAUGUGCAUCAAUAAUUCUUUAGUCUGCAAUGGCAUUCAGAACUGUGCAUACCCUUGGGAUGAAAACCACUGCAAAGAAAAGAAGAAAACAGGAUUAUUUGAACAAAUCACCAAAACACACGGAACUAUAAUUGGAAUUACUUCAGGGAUUGUCUUGGUCCUUCUCAUCAUUUCCAUCCUGGUGCAGGUCAAGCAGCCUCGCAAGAAGGUGAUGGCCUGCAAAGCGACUUUCAAUAAGACUGGCUUCCAGGAGGUUUUUGAUCCUCCUCAUUACGAGCUCUUCUCUCUAAGAGACAAAGAGAUUUCUGCUGACUUGGCUGACCUCUCUGAAGAACUUGAAAACUACCAGAAAAUGAGACGGUCCUCGACAGCUUCGAGGUGCAUUCAUGACCAUCAUUGCGGUUCCCAGGCGGCCCCAGUAAAACAGAGCAGGACCAACCUCAGUUCCAUGGAACUUCCUUUCCGCAAUGAUUUUUCUCAGCCACAGCCCAUGAAGACCUUUAAUAGCACCUUCAAAAAAAGCAGCUAUACUUUCAAGCAGGCCCAUGAGUGCCCAGAGCAAGUGAUAGAAGACAGAGUCAUGGAAGAGAUUCCGUGUGAAAUCUACGUGAGGGGUCGGGAAGAUGCACCUCAAGGUGCAUUAGCUAUUGACUUUUAAUCUCCAUUCAGAUGGAAUGUGUGUGUGUAAAUACUAUGGAUACAGUUCAUCUGUGUUUACAAAAAUGUACCAUAUGGAACUUGAUUGCACCAUAAGUAGUCAUACUUUUUUUUAAAGAAAAAGCUUAUUUAAGUAAUUUUCCCCUGAAGGAAAUCUCUUCAUAAAUCAUUUUUUCCCGUUGAACUGCCCAUCUGGUUGAAGAACAAAACAGUAGGUUUUGCAUGGGGCUUCAGUUAUUUCACAUUUGGGGGCGGGGGAGCGAAACUCACAAAU